AUGCCGCGCAAGGUGCACCGCCGCAUGCGUUCCGUGGAGUCGCUCACCGAUGCGACGCUGGCCCCCUCUCCCGGCGAGCCGCGCGUCACCUCCUCCGACGUCUACGGCUUCGCCAUCAGCCUCACGGAGGCCCACAUCGACGCGCUGGCGCGCUGCACCCAGGCCGCGGCCGAGGUGGAGGCCAGCUGGGCCUCUCACCCUCGCGGCGGUCCCCUGCCAGCGGACGAGGCGCUGAAGCGGCUGUGCCGGCGCGGGGUCCCGCCUUCCCUGCGCCCCUGGGUGUGGGGCGAGCUGGGGCGGCACGAGUCGCCCUGGGUGCACCAGAUCGAGCUGGACGCCCCGCGCACCUUCCCCCAGAACGGCUGGGUGCAGGGGCAGCAGGGUCAGGCGGCGCUGACGCGCGUGCUCUGUGCCUUUGCCAUGCACUCACCCGAGGUGGGGUACUGCCAGGGCAUGAACUACAUCGCCGCUUUGUUGCUGCUGGCCCUGGAGUGCGACCAGGAGGCGGCCUUCUGGGUGCUGGCCAGCCUCAUCGACGGCAGGCAGGGCAUCCUGUACCAGGACAUGUAUGCGCGCGACCUGAGCGGGACGCACGUGGAGAUGCGCAGCCUGCACGCGCUGGUGGCCACGAAGCUGCCCGCCCUGCACGACCACCUGGCGGCGCUGCGCUGCGACAUGUCCAUCCUGGCCACCGACUGGUUCCUCUGCCUCUUCUGCACCGCGCUGCCCGCCGAGGCGGCGGCCCGCGUCUGGGACGCGCUGCUCUGCGAGGGGCCCAAGGUCCUCUUCCGCGUGGCCCUGGCGCUGAUGCGCGGCGCCGAGCCGGCGCUGCUGGCCGCCGAGGACGCGGGGGCACUGCUGCGCGCCAUGCGCGACGCGGCGGCCGACGCGCACGACCGCGACCGCCUCAUGCACGACGCGUUCGAGAGCGUGGGCGGGCUGCCCAUGGACAGGAUACGGCGCUACCGCGAGAGGAACCAGCGGGAGGUGGAUCACGAGUUCGCCGCCCGGGAGACGCGCAGGGCGGGUGUGUGCGGUCGAGCAAAUGGCGAUGCUGACGGCCGGCAGGACGCAGCCUGCUCGCCGAGCGCGGGCGGCACCACCAAGGAGGAGCUGAGCGCGCGGGGCGGAAGCUUCGUCUCCCGGCUGACAGGUUGCAACUCGAGUCAGAACUCUUUCAUCAUGGGCACCGGCUGGAGGCGCUUCACCGAGACGAUCAAGCAGACGACCGUCAUCGGGUCGACCCUCUCCCCAACCUCCAAUGACAGGAACAAGGCCAUGCUGGACGAGGCCGCCGGCUUCGAGUCCCACGUGAAGCAUCUUAUCGCGAAGAUCAACGCCGUGACGGCCGCUCACGAGUCCCUGCUGAAGACCACCACGGAGGCGCUGCGCUCCAACAUCCCGCGCGUUUACCACGAGAUCGCGCACGCCCCCCCUCCCUCACCUCCCGGCUCCCCUUCCACCCCCUCCACCCCCGGCGGGCACCUGGUGAAGACGGAGGCGCUGACCACGCUGGUGCCCAGCAGCGAGGCCACGCCCAUCGCCGCCGACCUGGAGAUCGAGCGCAUCACCGGCGCAGAGCAGGCGACGCUGAGCUCCGUCCAGAACGAGGUGCUGCUGCCGCUGCAGGCCUGGCUGGACGCCUUCACCCGCCUGCACGCGCAGAAGAAGGAGGUGGAGGCGGUGCGCCUGGAGGUGGACUCCCGCCGCCGCACGGUGGCUGACCUGACAGUCAAGGAGGCCUCCAAGCAGGCCGCAGUGCAGCGAAACCAGGACGCCAAGCACACGGCGGCGCUGGAGGAGGCCACCGCCCUGCUCAAGCACAAGACCGACAAGCUGAACGCGACGGCGGCGCGGUUCAACGAGGCUGAGGCCUCGCUGCACGCUGAGCUCACCGCCCUGAUCCAGGACACGGUGCACCUGCGCAACUACGCGGCCAACGCGCUGCGCAUCCUGGGCGAGGGCCUGGUCAAUCUGGCCCAGCUGGUGUCAGGCUCUGUGGGCGAUGUCCCCAUCACGCCCCCCGCCGCCGCCGUGGAGAGCUCCCCGGCGCCGGCGGUGGCCGGCACCGUGCCCGCACCCGCCGUGGUGGGUUCCGCCGACGACAACACGCCGCGCUCCGCCGGCGCCGGCGUGGAGCCGCUGGGCCACCUGACCGAGGAGGGUGGGCUGUCGGCGGGCGAGUCCUCCGGCUACGCCGUCGGCGGCACCAGCGAGGGCACCGAGGGCAGCUACGCGGCCGGCAACUACGCGGCCGGCGGCGCCGCGCCGCGCUUCUUCGGCGAGGGCAAGCAGCACGGCGACGGGUGCGAGGCGCUGUCCGGCGGCUCCCACGUGACCACGCCCGACCACACGGGGGCGCAGGCGCUGUCCCACAUCCCUGGCGUGGAGGGGCCGGUGAGGCAUGAGCACUCGGGCCGCGAGGCUGCGCCCGAGUCCGCGGGUGCCAGGGUGCUGGACCGCAUCCCCGGCGGCACCGAGGAGGCGGUGCGCCACACGGGGCAGGAGGAGUAUGUCUCGCAGGGCGUGAAGGGUCUGUCCCUCAACAUUCCCGCCUAG